AGGUAUUUCCUUUGGGGUAUUUUGAAAAUUUUUACAUUUUACUCGGUUUAAGAUUAUUAAUUCAAUUUCGAACCGAACGGAAUAGCACAUCAUAAAGGCAGGCAAUAACAUAAAGUAUUAAGCAAUACAAAGUUUUAAAUCUACCGUUGUACCGUUGUGCAUACACAUACGUACAUUACCUAUAAAUACAUUUACCAAAGGUAACUAGAGAAGUUUUCAAAAGGCAAAAUACGGCAGUUGUGGCAAGUUCGUUAAAAACAUUUGCAUAAUUAUGGCACACGGCUCAAUUAAAUAGAGCAUUAAAAGCAACAACAACAAAAUUCAUUUACGUAUUUAUUUGUCUACGUAUAAAAACAAAGAAGUGAGUAAAGCUGCCAACGUAAUCGACAAAGUCAGCAAGACACUAAAAAUAUCUACGUGGAAAGACGAAUAGGCGACUCAAUUGCAAAGUGUACCACGAAAAGGAUGAAUUGACUGAGUGCUACAGGCAGCUGGGGAAUGACAUAGAAACAGGUGUUAGUUAUUAAAUCACAAACCAAACCAGUCAAGCCUUCUACCACAUAUCUUCAAUGCAACUAAGAUACAAAUUCCAGGCAUAUCUCGAAUUGCAUUAAGGCAAAUUUUAUCAUUAAGAGCAGCGAAUUACUGCAAGUUAUUUAAUUUACAAUUUACGACAAACCACAGACACAAUGCGGCUGUUAAUAUUCAUGUUGGCCUGUGUGGCACCUUCUAUACACGCAUACCACGUAUCAGCCGCCUCAGCGGGCGUUUCAUUCAUUAACGAAAAUAACCUAGAUCGAGUCCCACAAACUCCCAACACACAGAAUGCUGCCUCGAAAACAAUGCGCAAUCGUCGAAUGUAUGCAAUGUGUCCGCCACACUUCCAGCGAGUCGGCACCGAAUGUUACUCCCUCCUGCCACAGGACAGCAGCUGGCUAGAAGCGCAUUUCUUCUGCAAGGACAAAAACGCUAAAUUGGCAGAACCACAAAAGAAUGCCGAUCGCAAAUUGCGUGUCUUCCUCAAGAAAUACGAUGCACAGCGCGGAUUAAAUAGUCCCAUUUGGAUUGGAGCCACUUAUGAUUGGCAAAGUAAUGUAUGGCAAUGGAGUAUUAGUGGCAAAAACUUAACCUAUGACGCCUUCAGUCGCAUGGAGCCUGAGAUCAGACAGAACUUGGAAAAUCAUUGCGCUGUUUAUGACCCAAAUUUGGACUACAGAUGGUCUGCUCGUCCCUGCCCGGAUAAAUUUCGAUUCAUUUGUCAACAUAAAAUGCCAAAAGUCAGCGAGAAGAAUCGUCACAAAGUUUACAACCGUUGGAAUGCCACCUACCCGCAUGAGUUCGCGAAUGAAGUUAUAUUAGAGGUUAUGGAUCAGCCGGGCAAAACUGGACCCAGAUCCAACGUUGUCGUAAAGGCCAUUGGUAGCGAUGAACAGAUUGUCAUACCUAAGGCACGUAGUCAACGUCUAGGCGGAAAUCGUGGACGCGGUCGUGGCCGUCCUCAUGAAUUGCGGCGACGCCCCCAAAACACGCAAACCCGACCGAAUAUUCAUCCGAACGACAUCGAUUCUCAAUCGACCGACAAAUCAACCCCAAAUUCUUUAGCGACAGUGGUUCGUUACAACGAAAUACUUGCGCCUACGACAACAGCUCCAGUUUCAGCUGAUAAAGCAGUCAACGGUCAACGCCGGCAUGGCCAUCCACGAACUUCUCAUGAUCGCACGGUGUGGCGACAACGGCAGAAGGAAAUGCGUCGCCUACAGCGUAAAAAAGAACGAAGCCAACGCAUGCAACAAGAGAAGGAAAGACGUUUAGCUGAACAACGUCAACGUAUACGAGAAAACCAGAUGCGAUCACAACAGGAACGAGAACGUCAACAAAAGCUACAUGAUCAAGAGCAACAGGACCAGCAACAAAAAUCCCAUGAGCAACCGGAGCAGCUCAACCGAGAAAUAUAUGAAUUGAGUCAGCGCGAAGCCGACGACCAAGAGCGACAGCGUCAACAGCAGCAGGCCGAAGCGGAAGCUAAACGACGCGAGUAUGAAGAAAGAAAACAGGAAUUAGACGCUCUAAAAAUACAACUUGCCGAAGAGAAAAAGAAACGCGAGGAAGAAUUUAAUAGUGCUGAGCGCAUCCGCCAGGAACGUAUAAGCCGACAACGCGAACGUGAACAGCAGGAGCGCAUGGAACGAGAAGAGGCUUUGCGUCAGGCCGAAGAAGAACGCGUGAAAGAAGAGGCGAAACGGGAACAAGAACGGUUGGAGAAGGAAAGGCAGCUACGCGAAGAAUACGAAGAGCGACUGAAGCAGGCGCAGGAUGAACGUGAACGUCAACUACACGAACAACAAGAACGAAAGCGCCAAGAAGACGAAUACAACCGCCACCAACUUGAAGAAGAGGAAAAGCAACGUCAACAAGAAAUUGCACGCCAACAAGAGGAGGAAGAAAAGAAACUUGCAUUGCAACGACUUGAGGAGGCGCGUAAACUUGAAAAACAGGAAUUACAACGUCUGGAGGAAGAAAAUCGCCGACGAGAAGAACUGUUACGACAACGUCAAGAGGAGAUCGCCAGACGCGAGGAGGAACAGCGUAAGAUAGAGGAGGAAGAAGAACGCUUAAAGAAGGAACUUGAAGAAGCGGAAAAACGGCAAAAGGAGGAGCACGAAGCCCAAAUCAAAGAAGAGGAACAGGCUCUUAAGGCGCGAGAAGAGGCAGAGCGAAACAUUGCAGAAGAACAGGAACGUCAACGCCAAGAGCGAUUGGAAGCACUUAAAAAGCAGGAGGACGAACGCGUUCGGCAAGCGCUCGAAGAAAAGAAACGCAAAUAUGCAGAACGUCUGUCACGUCUCUCACCCGAGGAUCAGCGCAAAUUCUUCGAAAUGCGCAAACGACGAAAGGCCAAGAAAACCCAAGAAUUACUGAAACAGCAACAACAAACAAGUAACGGCAACGAGGCAUUCGAGGACGAAUAAAGAGAGUAAAAAAUUCGCCAAAUCAAAUUGAUAUUAGAAUUAUGGGAUAAUAGUAGUUGAAGCGAUACAAAAGCGUAUUCUAGAAAAGAAGGCAAACAGGAUACGAAGCAUACUAUAAGUGCGUGCGAAAAAAUCGGAGAAGUCUCGCCGCUGUUCGACUGUGUAAUUUUGCUUUAUCCCCAAAACCUCGUUAAAAGUUAAGCUAAAAUUAAGUAAUUUAAAUUAAGUCGUCGCUGCCAUUCUCUACUCUACUCUUCGAUACACGCGGAACGCUUUUUAUUUUUACGCUCUCCAUAUUACAGUUUCAUUGUGGUAAUAUGUAUGUAAGAGGAUUUGUAAAAAAUAAAUUGGCUUAAAAAUAUUCUGAUAUUUUUGGAUUAUAUUAAAAAAUGUUAAAAAAGAAAAAUAUUACUGAGGCCCUAGUAUUAGCUUUAGUUGCAAGCGAGCAGCGUUCCAGAGACGGCUACUGCUCGGCAGCAGUUGUAACUAUUCUCGAUUGUAAAUUUACGAAAAAUAUAAUAUAAUAUAUUUAAAUCAUUAUUAAUCUUUAAGUGGAUAUACAACUGACGACCGAAGAGGAUGAAAACAAAAAUAUUAUAAAAAAUUCACAAUACACAAGUUCUCUGUAUAUAAGUAAGUGAUGAAGAGUGCACAACUCCUUCCGUUUUGUUUUGAAACUGUAAUUUAUGAUGUAAUAUUUAUGUGAAAGCACUGACACAUUUUCCUUGAACACCAAAAAGUUGUACAAAGAGUAAAAAAAAUAUCAUGUAACAAAAUUUUACAUUAAUCAUGACUGCAUAUAUGUAUAUGUAGAGAUACGUUGAAAAGCAUGAAAGCACAUCCACAUAUAUAUGUAUAUGUAUUAGUAUGUGUAUAAUAAACAUGAAUAAUUGAAAAAGUUAGAAGAAUUUUGAUUUGAUUUUUAAAUAGGUUUUCACAGGAGACCUUUAGUAUUUUCCCAACCGCUUUAGCAAGUUUGUGCUCUUCGUAAAUGAUUGCAAAUAUCAUUUAAAGAAAAUAUUUUUACUAACCUAAAUGUAUACAUUAUUUAACUUCUGAUUAGGGCUAUGAAGUGUAUUUGUUUGAAGCUUAACAUUAAUAUUAAAUUACUAAUAUAAAAUUUUUGUAUUUUUAUUUUUAAGAACAAUAAACAAAUGCUGCUUACAUACACACAUACAUAAGUUUAAUAAAUGGCAUUAUUUGAAGUUUUGCUUUUGAACAAUUUUAAAAUAUUAUUUUAUUUUUCAAUGUUAAAAAGCAAUACUGGAACGAUAUUAAUUCACAUAUUUUGUAUACAUUAAAUAAAGUCAUCCAGCAUUUUUAAAUGUCUGCAUGAUACUUUUAACGAUUUCAGGAUGUUAUAGUACAUAAAUUAGAACACAAAUGUACAUAUAUACAUACAUGCAUACAUACAUACAUAUGUACAUAGUAUAUACAUAUAUGUAUAUGUAUUUUAUUAUGUAAAGAAUACGAAACUCUAAAUGAAUUCGAAAUGUGCAGCUAAAUACAAUUUUCAUCUAAUUAUUACCUCACAGUAUGUUUUUUGUCUUAAAUAUAAAAAAACACAAUUAUAAAUAUUAUACAAUUAUACAAUGCAAUGAAAACAUAUUGAAUUCAAUUUAAAUAAAUAUAUUUGAGAAUUGUUAUGUAAUUUAUUAAAAUUUUAAACUGAAAAUCGAGCACCGUAAAAGAUCUAACUCUUGACUUAAAAAUUAAUUAGGCGAACGAAAGUUUUAGAAAUUAUGCUGUAAUGUAAUGUGGAACCCUAAGUCAGUAAAUCAACCGCUACAGUAACAACAAUAACAUUAAGAAAUCAGUGAAUAUCCAGAAACUGUAUGUAAAGAACGGAAAGCAACAAUAAAGAGUUAAAAACUGUAUAAAAACGCAA